UCUCCUCUCGGCCACACAUACCACACGCAAUAAUGACUGACCCGUAUAAUGACGUCAAGUUCGAUGAGGGUAGAGUUACGUUUCUGAAUGAGGUGAAGCCUGGAGAGGAGCGAAUUUGUUUGUGAACGAAAAGUGCUGUCAAGUUACUGUAAAUUAAUUUCAAAGUGUGAAUUCUAAACAUGGGGAACAAUGUUUAUUUCGUUAUUUGUGUGUAGCUACGAAAAGGAUUUCAGUGAAGAGUACAUUCAAAAUGACUAAUAUGAAACUAUAACAAGAGAAAGUUUCCAACACAAAUACUGCAAAAGACAUCUUAAUCAUAGAUACGAACUUUUUAUGAAAAAUAUAAUCAAACUAAAGAAUUCAAUAGUGGUAUGAUAACUUAACGUCUUCAGAAUAAUAUUUUGUGGUUGUUAAUAAAGAUGGGUUUCAAUUGUGACCAUUAAACUGUUUGUGACGCUGUACAUUUUACUGUGUGUUAGCUGUGUCAAAGUUUCAAUAAGACAGUACAAAACAGGAGUAUAGGAAAGAUCUACAGUUUUGAAUCUAUUUUAUUCAAAUACCUCCAAAUUUUUUCUUGGACGUUUUAAGAGUUGCGUAGUUAGAGCAGGUUGUCUUCGAGGACAUUAUGUUUGGAAAAUGACCAGCAUAUUGAUAUUCAAUAUACAUGUCUAUAAUUUUAAAAUAUUAUGGAACAGACCCGAAUUAAUUAUGAGAAAAAACGUAAUUUAAGAGGCGUAAAAUUUGAUCUGAUGUAAGUUUUGAACAUUCUCUUAUAUUCGCGGACUUUAUACCAGAUUCGUCACUCUCAAAUAUUUACAAUUUUGGCUAAAACCACUUCGUUGUCCCGUUAGGAGGCGAAUUACAUACAAAAAAGCCAAAAGUUUUAGUGCAUGCCAAUAACUUGCUGAGAAUUCUGAAUAUAUCGCUGUACCUAUACAAUGCCUGCAGUGGCCCGUUCAGUGGAGUCCAACAGCAACGCCAGCAAUUCAUCAUAUGACAGAGAGAGAGAAUUCACUGCUCUAUAUCAAGAAACAGGAUUCACCGACGUUUCAAAUCUUGCAUUCACUGUAUUACAGAAAGACAGUCUUAAAGGAAACUCAGACGAUGAAAGCGAUAAUGACCAAUCUUCAGACGUAGAAGGUGAAACCGGAAGUGAAAAUAUUACAAAUAAACAAAAGAUUUCCAGUAGAUUCAACAGUAGUGAUCGGGACCAUAAAAUAUUGAACCGAUCAAAUGCAUACCUUCUACAGCAAAAACUUAUAGACUUGAGCAAAUCAAACUCAAGCUUCAAAAAUCAUAAACUUCAAAAUAAAUCUAAAAUCUUUGGUAACGUAAUCAAUAAUCUUAGAGAGCAGAAGGCUUUAAGUAAGUCUAACGGCCAUCUACCCUACCAAGAGAAAUAUCAGCAUAAGAAAGACGCAAGUAAAUCGUUCAACAAUAUACAGCGACAGAAUAACAACGAAAGUGAAAAGAAAACUGAGAAAGAGCACAAGAAUUACCACAGAUAUUGCCACCUUUCCGGCACUAACUAUCUGUACAACAAUAUGACUUCAGUAAAACAGAGGCCGAAUUAUGAGAUGGAGUAUUCGAAUCUCCCAGAUGCAAGAACACAGAACAAUGAGACGGAAAUAGGAAGACGAAAAAAUCCAUUGGGAACAGAAUCUUACAAAACAAUGAACCGCAACAAUAACAAUAACAAUAUUAACGGUACAAAGAUUAACGAGAAGAACAGCCAUUACUACGGUAGUAAUUACACCAAGAACAGUUACACCAAUAAUAUUAAAAUUAACGAAAAGAACCGACUCAACAACGACGAAAACAGGAAACCUGUAUUCAUAACAACAGUGAAAACGGGGAAAUUUCUGGACCCACCACCAGAGUUGGCGAUUUUGUUGGGACUGAGCCCCAAUCUGAACGACUCUGUAACGAGUUCUACUGAUGGCAGCAACAAUUCUCUGAACACCAGCACCAGGGAGCGUCACCAGCAACAAGCACUGCUCUAUUCCUUUUCCAGCCAGCCUCGAGUCCUGCAUCAACACUAUCACAAAGCCAAGUGCGACGCGGCAGCUAAAGUUCCCAACAGCACGCAACAGAGGGUUCGCAGAGAAGCCAUAAACAACAGUAUUCAAGACAAGCUAGACGAUGGACCUGUACCGUAUGGGAACAUUAUGUUCGAUAGGAGAGUCGUGCGGGGAAGUACCUACGCCCAGCACCCAAUGGCGCAGCCCAAAUGGAACCCUUAUUUCGGAUACGCCAAGUUACUUUCACAGACGGACGGAGAGUCGCAGGUCGCGAGGCAGCAGGAGGCUCGGAGGCGCGCGCUGGCAAGAAGAAGGGCCCAGGGACAACAGACAAGAAACGCGAGGCGAAGACUGCGCACGCCGCCUCCCGUUGCGGGCCGAAAGCACGAGAAUGUACAGACUGAGAGAUACCUUGAAGAGAUACUGAACCGUCCUCCAGAAAGCGAUGCGUCCUGCCAAACGGACUUGUUCCUAGACAGAGCCGAGACUCCAGUCUACAUUCCAGCUAACAACGGACUGGACGUCCAGACGCAAAUCUACCCAGGAGACUUGUUCGACUUCGAUCUUGAAGUGGAACCGGUACUCGAAGUUCUAGUCGGGAAGACGGUGGAGCAAGCGCUGAUAGAAGUGCUGGAAGAAGAGGAACUGGAAGCUCUACGGGUUCAACAGAGGCGGUUCCGAGAAUUAGGAGAACGCGAGAAGGCUGAACAGCAGCAAGACAAGAGGCUUCGUGAAGAGAAGGAACGCCGCGUGGAACUGAACACGGAAACGGCCAGGAACCAACCGGAGACAGAGCAGCGAGAGGCAGCAGCCGUUCUUACCCAAGAAUAUCUAGCUGACGUGCUGCCCCCUGUUCUGGAAGGACUCAAAGAGGCUGGGUACUUCAUUGAUGAAGCAAAAGUCGGUGCUGAGGAAGGCUUCAUGCCGUGGCUAAUAUCCGAAGUGACGCAAGAAAUUAACCAAAUGGUUACUAGCAGGGAACUUCUCACAG